GGUACAGCAAACGUGGAGAUUAUCGACAAAUUAUAGUUUUUUCGAACCGAGAGAAGAAUUGAAAAGUAGUGGCGGAUUUUCUUAUAUAUAAAUUUAUUCUAACUAAUUCUACCUGCUCAGGUGACUUCGGCGCCAGCGGUAUCGGGGGAAAAUUACCAGCGGGAGUCCGCAUUGCAGGAUACGGCUAAAAGUAGUUGCUACCCAUUUCUUAUUUAAAACAUGUUCUAAACCAAACUAUGAAAUUUAGGAACCAUCAGCUAGCAAUCGCAACAGUAGGCCAAUCCACAAAAAGAAGUCGUUGUGCACCAAAUAAUGUAAGCCCUCCUCCAAAAAUCCCAAUGAAUUCUCUAAAAAUAAAUUUAAUUUACAGCUUGAAGCUGACAACAGUAAAUUGUCUGCUUUCUCGAUUUGGGACGCCACACGUUUCCACCCUAACAACCUUCAAGAUUAUUUGUGAGGUUAGGAUCAUGGAUGAGUCGCCUGAUGUAACCUGCCAAUCUUGCAACCUUCCGGCAGGCGCCGAAAAGGAGACGGUACAAUGCUGCGUUUGUCUCCUUUGGGAGCACUUUCUCUGCGCUGGAGUAGAUGCGGAGGUGAAAAAUCCAGGUGUGCAGUACACCUGCGCUCCUUGCGUCCGCAAACAAAGAGAGUCCGCUUUGGCCUUAGACAAGAGGCUUCUUAGACCCUCAACCAUGUUAGCCCGAGCUACGUACGCUGGCUCCCAGCGAAAAUCAAGUGCCCACGGAAGCGUGGUCUCCAACCGCUCGGUUCUCGAAGAGCAGCUAAAGUUGGUAGAGGAAGAACAGGCCCUUCGGGAGCGAGAACUAGAAGAACAAAGAGAACUUCAGCGUCAAGAGAUCGCAGAGGCUGAGAGACAGCUGCAGGAGAAGAGACAACGUGCGGAAGAGGAACGGCGCUUGGUUGAGGAGGAGAACCGCUUACGCGAGCGGAAGCUGCAAGAGGAACGAGAGUUAACCAAACAACAGCAACAGUUUAGACGGGAUUCGCUCGAGAAGCGCCAGGCAAUCGUGCGUCAGCUUUCGCAAGGAAGCAGCCGGUGCGGAUCGGAAACGAGCUCAACCGACAAAGUCAAACGUUGGCUUGACUUCCAGGUAGACGUCAUAGCCGCUGGUGGUGAUCCCUUGGUUGAGCAGAGGGCCAAACCCAAAUCUAGCAUGAAAAUCGAACCUCCAACGCCAAUACCUAGACAUAUGACGGACUUUCUUCUACGUCCGUUGGCUCUGCCGAAACCACAUCCAGCGCCCUUUCCGGCUCAAGGACCGCGGCCAAAUCCUGCGCCCUUUCCGCAAACGUUGCCAAUGCCCCUUCCGGCUUCCGAGCAGCAGCCACUGCCUGUUCCUCCGCCACAUCCAGCGCCUUUUCCGCAACAUUUGCCAGGGCAUCUUCAAGCUCCUGAGCCGCAGCCACAGCCCGCGCCGCAACCGAUUCCUGGCCAACAGCAGCAGCCUGCGCCCCAACCAUUGCCACCGUUGCUGAACCCUGCGCCGCAGCCACAACCUGCGCCGCAACCGAUUCCUGGUCAACAGCAGCAGCCUGCGCCCCAACCAUUGCCACCGUUGCCGAACCCCGCGCCGCAGCCACAGCCUGCGCCGCAACCGAUUCCUGGUCAACAGCAGCAGCCUGCGCCCCAACCAUUGCCACCGUUGCUGAACCCUGCGCCGCAGCCACAACUUGCGCCGCAACCGAUUCCUGGUCAACAGCAGCAGCCUGCGCCCCAACCAUUGCCACCGUUGCCGAACCCCGCGCCGCAGCCACAGCCUGCGCCGCAACCGAUUCCUGGUCAACAGCAGCAGCCUGCGCCCCAACCAUUGCCACCGUUGCUGAACCCUGCGCCGCAGCCACAACCUGCGCCGCAACCGAUUCCUGGUCAACAGCAGCAGCCUGCGCCCCAACCAUUGCCACCGUUGCCGAACCCCGCGCCGCAGCCACAGCCUGCGCCGCAACCGAUUCCUGGUCAACAGCAGCAGCCUGCGCCCCAACCAUUGCCACCGUUGCCGAACCCUGCGCCGCAGCCACAGCCUGCGCCCCAACCAUUGCCACCGUUGCCGAACCCCGCGCCGCAGCCACAGCCUGCUCCUCAACCGCUGCCACCGCCGCCAAACCCAGCGCCGCAGCCACAGCCUGCUCCCCAACCGUUGCCGCCGCCGCCAAACCCUGAGCCGCAGCCACAGCCUCAACCAUUGCCACCACCGCCGAACCCCGCGCCGCAGCCGCAGCCUGCUCCUCAACCAUUGCCACCGCCGCCAAAUCCUGAGCCGCAACCGGCCCCCGACCGACGGCGGCAGCCUGGUCCUUAUCCGGAGUCCGAAUUCGAUAGCACACAAAAUUGGCACGGCUCCUCUCACCAUUCAAACGUGUCAAAUCCGUGGCAGUCGCUCUCAGAUCAUGAGCGGUACUCACAGGAAAAUCCGCCUUACCCAGAAACUAGUACUGCUACUAGGCGCUCAAGUACUGGAAGUGGACCGUCAGGUUCUGGGUACGCACUUACACCACAACAAAUCGCAGCGCGCCAAGUGCUAGGCAAAGAACUACCUUCCUUCGACGGAAAUCCCGAGGACUGGCCAGUCUUCUUCAGCAGCUACCUGCAGUCAACGGAGACCUGUGGAUUCACAGAUGCGGAGAACCUUAUCCGCCUCAACCGGUGCCUAACGGGUUUCGCUAGAUUGACAGUACAAGGGCAGCUGCUCCUGCCAUCAAGUGUACCACAAAUCAUCGAGACGCUGAGAACGGUGUAUGGGAGGCCAGAACUUUUGAUUCGUGUGCUGUUGACCAAGGUCCAGCAAGCACCAGCACCGAAACAGGAUCGGCUGGACACGGUAAUGGAGUUUGGGCUAGCCGUACAAAACCUUGUAGCACACCUGCGAGCCGCCAAUCAGCACAGUCAUCUAACGAAUCCGAUGCUGAUGCAGGAAUUAGUGGAGAAACUUCCGGGGUCAAUGCGCUUGAGCUGGGUCGACUACAAGAAAUAUCACCUACCAGCUACGUUGGGAACGUUCGGAGACUUCAUGUCCGAACUCGUCACGGCAGCUUGCGAAGUGACCUACGACCUUCCCCUGUUUGGUAGCGGUGCAAAAGGGGAAAGGCGCAAAUCGAAGGACACGGGUUUCAUCCAUAGUCAUCUGCAGGGGUCGGAAACUUCCGCAAGAAAAUUCCCCAACUCAUUCGGUAAACCAUGUUUUGCCUGCGGCCGCGAUGGGCAUCGCGUGGCGGACUGCGAACAGUUUAAAGCUGCUACCGUGGACGAACGCUGGAAACUGGUUGAGCAGAAGGGACUGUGCAAAACGUGCCUAAACAGUCACGGGAGAUGGCCGUGUCGCUCGUGGUCCGGAUGUGAGGUUGAAGGUUGUCGCCAUAAACAUCACACACUUCUACACAUUUCUUCGCCAUCCCAACAAAACGUGAACAUCACAGCCAGUCACAUAACCCGCGGACACUACAACUGGCCGUUGUUCAGAAUACUACCGGUGGUGCUCUAUGGAAGUAACUGCUCCAAAAUAAUCUAUGCCUUUAUCGACGAAGGCUCUUCCUACACGUUACUGGACCAGUCUGUGGCGAAGCAGCUAGACGUCACGGGUCCAAUCGAUCCACUGACUCUUCAAUGGACCGGAAACGUAACUCGAGUGGAAGCUGAUUCACAACAAGUGCGGCUAGAUAUUUCCGGCGAAAAACAAAAAACGCGGUUUGAUCUGAGCAACGUUCGCACAGUGCGACAUCUCCUCCUCCCUCCCCAAACGCUAAAGUACAACGUGCUCGCGCAGCAAUUUCCCCACUUGCGCGGCCUACCCCUAAACAACUACGAGCUUGUUCGGCCUCAGUUACUGAUCGGCCUAGACAAUCUGCGACUCUGUGUGCCACUCAAACUGCGCGAAGGCGGACCGAAGGACCCUAUUGCCGCCAAGUGUCGUCUGGGCUGGAGCGUCUACGGAUGUGUACCUGGGCGAACGACCGGACCAGCCGUCGUUGGUCUACAUGUGAGUCCAGCAUCCGACGCCGACCGAGAGAUGAACGAGCAGCUUCGCGAUUACUUUGCACUGGAGGACGCUGGAGUUGCCAUUCCAAGAGCAGUGCUAGAACCCGAAGACGACAAACGAGCCAGACACAUCCUCCAGGAGACCACGCAACGCUUGGAAUCGGAAACUGGUUUCGAGACGGGACUACUAUGGAACACCGACAACCCAGAAUUUCCUGACAGUUAUCCCAUGGCCGUUCGCCGCCUGUGUGCACUGGAACGGAAAUUCGAACGAGACCCGGCGUUAGGAGCGAAAGUACGAGAACAAAUAGCAGAUUAUGAGCGCAAGGGAUACGCUCACAAAGCAAACCUGGCCGAGCUGACGUCCGUUGAAGCGAAGCGGACUUGGUAUCUCCCCCUCGGAGUCGUCGUGAAUCCCAAGAAGAACAAGGUCAGGUUGAUCUGGGACGCAGCGGCAAAAGCGGGCGGAGUUUCGUUCAAUUCAAAGCUUCUCAAGGGUCCCGAUCUGUUAACUCCGCUGCCCAAGGUCCUGAGUCAAUUCCGCCAAUUCCCCGUGGCCGUAUGUGGGGACAUAAUGGAAAUGUUCCACCAAAUUCGCAUUCGGUUCCCUGAUCGCCAGUCGCAACGAUUUCUGUUCCGAGAGCGACCGACAGACUGCCCACAGGUGUACGUAAUGGAUGUAGCAACAUUCGGGGCAACCAGCUCGCCGGCCACAGCGCAGUUCGUCAAGAACCUCAACGCUGAAGAGUUCGCUCUUGAAUACCCGCGAGCCGCUACCGCCAUUGUUCAGAACCAUUACGUAGAUGACUAUCUCGAUAGCUUCAGAACGGUCGAAGAGGCAAUAGAGGUGGUUAACGAGGUCAAGCUGGUACACACCAAGGGUGGAUUCAAGCUCCGGCACUUCAUGUCGAACAAUACGGAUGUUCUACGCGGAAUCGACGAACCGGAAGAAGAGAAGGCGAAGCAUCUAGCGCUGGACAGGGGUGAAAACUCGGAAUCGGUGUUGGGCAUGAAGUGGCUGCCGAAGGAGGACGUCUUCGUUUACUCGUUUACCCUGAAAAGUGAUCUGCAACACAUCCUCGACGAGGAACACGUCCCCUCGAAACGCGAGGUUCUUAAGGUCGUCAUGAGCUUAUUUGAUCCGCUAGGAUUCAUUGCGUUUUUCCUAGUCCACGGUAAAAUCUUAAUGCAAGACAUCUGGGCCAGGGGAACCGAGUGGGACCAGCGGAUUGCAGAGGAUCUAUACGUACGGUGGCGGCGCUGGGUCGACAUGUUUCCGGAACUCGACACCUUGCGUAUUCCACGAUGCUACUUCCAAUCACCCUUUCCCAAGAACCUCGAAAACCUGGAACUACACAUCUUCGUAGAUGCCAGCGAAGUGGCGUACUCUUGCGUGGCAUACUUCCGUUUGGAAGCAGAAGGGAAGGUUCAAGUGGCAUUCGUGGGAUCCAAGACAAAGGUCGCUCCGCUGAAAGCGCAAUCAAUCCCGAGGCUUGAAAUCAAAUCGGGUACCCUAGGAACGCGAAUGCUCAACGCUAUCAAGAACUAUCACUCCUUUCCGAUCGCGAAGCAGAUUUUGUGGACCGAUUCCAUGGUGAGCUUGGCGUGGAUUAAGUCGAAAGACCAUCGACGGUAUCAUCAGUUCGUCGCCUUCCGAGUAGGCGAAAUACUCAUGUCAACGGAUCCGCAGGACUGGAGGCACUGUCCCACGAAACUCAACUUGGCAGAUUUAGCAACAAAGUGGAACCAGGGGCCACACCUUUCAAUGAAAAGUCCAUGGUACCAGGCACUCGAGACUCUACAAAAGCUCAGAGCUCAGUGGCCCAAAGAACAGCUGAUCCCGGAGACCACCGAAGAACUACGCCCAAUCCGCUUCAACCUCGGACACUUCGCGCCGAAUUUCGACGUUUCUCGAUUCAGCAGCUGGGUAAAACUCCACAGAACCACCGCCUACGUUUUCCGGGUCGUUGACAAGGCUCGCAAGAAGUCGCAGGAGCAACAGUCGGAUCUCCAUGUACUCUCCCAGGAGGAACUGCAACGGGCGGAAUAUGCACUGUGGAGAAUGGCCCAGAUCGAGGCCUAUCCUGAUGAGGUUGCGCUUCUGUCCAAGACCAAAGGCCCUCCCGAGGGUCACCACGGUGUCGUCGAGAAGUCCAGCCCAAUCUACAGAACGUGGCCCUUCCUGGACGACAACGAGAUCUUGCGAAUGCGGGGUCGAAUCGGUGCUGCACCUUAUGCACCGUCCGAAGCUAAGUACCCUGCCAUUCUCCCGAAAGAUCACCCAAUAACCUACCUUCUCGUAGACUGGUUCCAUUGCCGUUUCUGCCACGCCAAUCACGAGACCGUUGUUAACGAGAUCCGCCAGCGCUUUGAAAUAGCUAACCUCCGCACCCUCGUGAAAAAAGUUGCCAAGAACUGUACCUGGUGUUACGUCUCGAAGGUCGUUCCGCGGACUCCGGCGAUGGCCCCACUACCAGAGAUGCGGCUCUCAGCGUUUGUCCGUCCGUUUACCUUCGUCGGACUGGACUAUUUCGGACCGGUAUUGGUGAAAGUAGGGAGAAGCAACGUGAAACGGUGGGUGGCCCUCUUUACAUGCCUGACGGUAAGGGCCGUCCACAUGGAGGUGGUUCAUUCUCUCAGCACGGAGUCAUGCAUUAUGGCAGUGCGCCGCUUCGUCGCGCGUCGAGGCGCACCAAGAGAGUUCUGGACGGACAACGCAACCUGCUUUCAAGGCGCCAGUAGCGAGUUGAAGAAGGAAAUCAGAACCACAACUAGAGCCUUGGCCCUCACCUUCACCAGUGCGCAAACAAGCUGGAAGUUCAUACCACCGGCCUCACCACACAUGGGCGGAGCAUGGGAGAGGCUUGUACGCUCCGUAAAGGUAGCGAUUGGCGCGAUUCUGAACUCACCUCGCCGGCCUGACGACGAAACUCUGGAGACGGUGAUCUACGAAGCUGAAGCAAUGAUCAACUCGCGCCCACUCACCUACAUACCGCUCGAAUCAGCGGACCAGGAAGCGCUGACUCCGAACCAUUUUUUGCUGGGCAGCUCUACUGGGGUGAAAAUACUUCCCACUGAACCUGUGACUCAACGAUCGACCCUGCGCAGUAGCUGGAAACUGGCGCAGUACAUUACCGAUCAGUUUUGGGGGCGGUGGCUCAAGGAAUACCUACCAGUCAUUUCAAGAAGAAGCAAGUGGUUCGAAGAAGUCAAAGAGUUGGAAAUUGGAGAUCUGGUGCUGGUGGCAGGUGGAACAGCGCGGAACCAGUGGAUCCGGGGAAGAAUCGAAGAAGUCAUCCGAGGACAAGACGGUCGAAUCCGACAGGCAUUGGUACGAACAUCAACGGGGACUAUGCGAAGACCAGCAUCAAAACUAGCUGUUUUGGACGUCGUGGAGAAACGUGAACCAGACUUGGGAAUUCAGCAGGAGCCUGCCCUUCACCAUGGUUCACGGGCGGGGGUAUGUAACGACGUAGUCCCACGUGAACCGGCCGCAGGUCAAGGCGGCGCCUCGCUGGGCGUGCAAGGCGGUGCGUCGGCUGUCACUCGAGACAGCAAGACGUCAUCUUCUGCACGUCGGGGAAGAAGCCAGUCUGCAAGUCAUCGUCUAUGAGAAGAGGCUUUACAACGCGGGUACAGCAAACGUGGAGAUUAUCGACAAAUUAUAGUUUUUUCGAACCGAGAGAAGAAUUGAAAAGUAGUGGCGGAUUUUCUUAUAUAUAAAUUUAUUCUAACUAAUUCUACCUGCUCAGGUGACUUCGGCGCCAGCGGUAUCGGGGGAAAAUUACCAGCGGGAGUCCGCAUUGCAGGAUACGGCUAAAAGUAGUUGCUACCCAUUUCUUAUUUAAAACAUGUUCUAAACCAAACUAUGAAAUUUAGGAACCAUCAGCUAGCAAUCGCAACAGUAGGCCAAUCCACAAAAAGAAGUCGUUGUGCACCAAAUAAUGUAAGCCCUCCUCCAAAAAUCCCAAUGAAUUCUCUAAAAAUAAAUUUAAUUUACAGCUUGAAGCUGACAACAGUAAAUUGUCUGCUUUCUCGAUUUGGGACGCCACA